ACGAGCCAUAAUUUGAUGCAGGUGUGCUCAACCAGGGAGAGAACUAAAACGUGCAGGAUACCGGCCGUCGAGGACCGACCUUGGGCACCCCUGCAUUAUGCUAUGCUAGCUAGGCAAAGAUAAUUAGGUCUCUGAAUCACUAACACCAUGUUCAACUUAAAACAGUAAGGUGGGCCUAAAAAAAAUCACUUAUAUAUAUAUGCCUGGCAUUCAUAUGCUUAUCUGCAUUCUAAGCAGAGGGGAGGCUGGCCGCUUUGUCUGGGAGGAGUUAUUUGCCUGAUCUUAAGAGGAGAAAAACUACUCUGCAGUUGGUGUGAUUGGCACACCAUUGUUGAAGGCUGUAGCUCUACAUACAGUGUUCAGGAAAACCUUUGAUCAAAUAUGGCACUGACACCCAAAAACCACUCAGUUCCUUUGAGUGAUGGAAACAGCAUACCUUUGAUUGGACUGGGCACCUAUUCGAAUCCUCAAAACACUCCCAAAGGAACCGCCUUGGCAGCUGUCAAACGGGCCAUCGAGGUAGGAUACAGACACAUUGAUGGAGCCUUGAUCUACUGCAAUGAGGAUGAGGUGGGUCAAGCAAUCCGAGAGAAAAUUGCAGAUGGGACUGUAAAGAGAGAGGACAUCUUCUACUGUGGAAAGUUGUGGAACACAUUCCAUCCUCCUGAGUUGGUACGACCUACUUUGGAGAAAACCCUGGAGGAAUUACAGCUGGAUUAUGUGGACCUGUACAUUAUAGAAAUGCCCACUGCUUUCAGGCCAGGAGAUACGUUCUACCCACAAGAUGAGAAUGGGAAGUGCGCUUAUCACAAGACAGACCUUUGUGCUACAUGGGAGGCUAUGGAAGCUUGUAAGGACGCUGGGCUGGCAAAGUCAAUCGGCGUAUCCAACUUCAACAAGCGCCAGCUGGAGCUGAUCCUCAACAAACCUGGGCUGAAACAUAAACCAGUCACAAACCAGGUUGAAUGUCACCCGUAUUUCACCCAGCCAAAGUUGCGUGAAUACUGUCAGGAGAAGAACAUUGUGAUUGUUGGUUACAGCCCACUUGGGACAAAUAGGGAUCCAUCGUGGGUAAACUUAGAAUGUCCCCCAAUGUUAGAAGACCAGCUUCUGACCUCAAUUGCCAAAAAGUACAAAAAGACCACAGCGCAGGUGUGCCUUAGGUUCAACAUGCAGAGAGGAGUGGUUGUCAUCCCGAAGAGCUUCAACCUUGAUCGCAUUAAGGACAACUUCCAGGUUUUCGACUUCUCUCUGUCAGAGGAGGAGAUGAAGGCGAUCGAGGGGCUGAACAAGAACAUUCGCUUUGUGGUGCUCCCCUUUUGGGCUGAUCAUCCAGAGUACCCCUUUCAUGAGGAAUACUGACAUCCCAAACAUUGAAUAAAAAUAUUCAAAGCAGGA